CCUGAGUGCGCUAGAGAGAUUCCCUGAAGCGUUUAAUGUUGAGUUGCUUGCAUUUCUCUUAGAUAUUUUCAUUUCUACGUCUUUUAUUCAUUUGCAUCAUCUCCAAUUGUAGUCCAUUGAACAGUCGUCUAUUUGUUGUAUUUAGCUUAAGAUUUGCACUUUCAUAUUAUCUCCUAUAACUUCUAUACAUUUUCAAAUUCUCGCAAUGGCCGAUGUUUUCCCCUCCGAGGAGAAAACUGAGCCGUUCACUCCCGAAGAGCUCCAUCGGCGCCUCCACGAAGGGAUCCAAGUCGACGAGGUUGAUGACGCAUACCAAGAUACUGUGCCAUUGGACGAUCUUGUCGUCGAGGAAGCCCACCAUAAGCAAGGCAUUCGUAUCCUCGUGAGGCCACUGACACGGAACCGCUCAGUGAGUCCUGGAAACAAUAAUGUCCAAUGGCUAGCUCUACGCGCCGAGGUGGCCGACCCUCUGCAACCCGUAUUCAAGGUCCUAGCCGUAACUCAGACCUCCAAGGAUAUCAACUUCUCCAUCAGAAUACCACAAUCCGAAGACGAAAAUAGGCCGCCAAUAUGGUGCGAGCUGUACUACGACCCAACUAGUGAUUGCUUGAUCUUAUGGAAUAGAUCAGACGUACCCAUUGUACUAGCUAGGCUUUCCCAAUUAGAUCCCGCCGCCGGCGCAAAUUUCAGUCAAGAAAUUAUACCAGAAACUACCAAAGAACUAUCUCCAGGUACAUGGCGAAUCAGUAUCCAAUGUAUCCCUGUUCUUGAUUUCAGGAUACUAGAGAAGCGCCCCGCGGCGCGGCUAGUUCCUCGCAGCAGCUUCGAUUCCACGAUAACUUCAAGUGUAGAUAUCGUGAACUCAUUUGGGAAGCGGUCCUUCUUGCCCGACGCCGACGAUGGCGAACCAGAUAGUCCCGUUGCCGAGAAAAGGGCUCGCAAAGAGGAUGGCCAAGAAAAAGAUGGCGUCAUCAUCUUCAUGGGACCGAAGGAUGAGCAACUAGUGUUCCCAUUUCCCAACGCUGCCAGGACAAAAGAAGUGGCCAUCCCUAAUGGGCAUGCGCUUUUGGAGCUUCAGAAGGACGAGACAGCCGCCAUACCAGGAGAGGGUGAACUGGAUCAGUAUCAACUAACGAAGCGCGAGCAGAUCGCGACGACAAAUGCAUCGUCGGUGUUCACAGCGGAACACUCUGAAGUGCCAGAUGGAGUUAUCACUGUAAAAGUGCUCAAAACACGCAGGGCCAACAGCCCAAACACCCGACCGCAGGACACGCAUCGCAAUGUGAUCCAACAAGCGGAUAUCUGGCUACGCGAAUACCGGAGCCAAGAGGAUCUUCAACACCAGUCUAUCGUCCGCCUACAUGGCGGCGAUGCCCGAUACCUGUCGCUCUAUAUGGAGCAUAUCGAUGGCAAGGAUCUAGCGGCACGAGGUGUAUGGCGUGACGCCUCCACUGACCUGUUUGAAGGGAGUCGCAGUGAUGCCGUGCGUAUCUUACGCGACAUUGCUGGCGCCCUGCACUACGUUCACCAGAAGCGUAAGAUCCACAACGAUAUCAAACCAGCCAACAUCCUAUACUCGCGCGACCGCGGCGCCGUUCUCUGUGAUUUCGGUUUAUCGACUUGGACUACCGACAUGACCACCAACGGCGGCACACCUUAUUAUGUUCCACCCGAAUUUAUCGGGCAGAAACUACGCGGCCCAGCCUCUGACGUUUGGGCCCUCGGUGUCACCAUGCUGUACGUUUUGCGCAAGAUCCCGUUCCCGGAUGCAAGGGGCCGCCAGGGCCAUCCGAAGCAGUUGUAUUGGAUGAUUGCGGAUCUGAACCGAAAGCCGAACCAUGGCCACCACACGAGCAACAGGGCCACGUCUGCCGUCGCCCAGAUGCAACAGUGGCUCGGUGAGAUCUACGAGGCCAAGAAUCGGCUCAAUCCGCGCGACCGUGUCGAGUUCUUGAUCCUGCAAAUGCUGGCGCCGAACCCCAACCAGCGUAUCACGAUGGCGAGGGUCAUGAGCGAACUAACAAAGGAGACAACUGUUGCGAGGACGUGAAUGGACGCAACUGUACGAGUUGACGAGCCACCAUCAAUCCCAAUCGAUCUAGUAUAACCGUCGCAUCUAUCAAUCUUGUAUUAUCUGAUCCAACCUGAUCUCGGAUCUUGCUUUACCUCCAACUUUAUCACCGGCGCACGACGACGACGACGUUGCCCUUGGCAUGAAUCAUAUCACUACCUGCCCAAUUGGAGCAACUUGGAACAA